UGUGGCAGGCGUCCAGACGCGCGUAGUCUCUGGCCGCAGGCACUGUUGCUCAGUCUUCGCUCCGACUUCUGCGCGAUGUGGCGCAACGGCCGCGGAUUAGAAUCAGCACCAAAAAUAGUAACGUGUUAGGGCUAAGCAGAGAUUCGACAAUUGGGCCAUUGGGGCACAUCCAGCCGGCCGAGACCCAGCGAAGAGCCGCCAUGUGCUGGUGCGCACGUGUCUACUGGACGGUUCUGCAUAAUCUGUUCGCGCGCUUCUACAACAGCCUCACGGAGCGCGGCUAUCGACAGGGCUGCUGCGCCUGCUGCUGCGGCGGCUACAGUCGCCAGGCCGGUGACGACGACGGUGACGUUGACGUUGACGCUGACGCCGACAGCGACGCCGGCAAACGGGUUUCAGAAUCGAUCGUUGAUGACGAUCAGCAGCGAUCCGCACCACACGAUUAUGUCAUUGUGGACGAUGCUGAUGCCAACUAUGUGGAGAUCGAGCAGCGGCAAAUCGAGACAGAGCCAUACUACUUCACCGUGGAUCGGGACAUGGCGGAGCGCAUGCUCUGCGGACGUGAGGAUGGCGCCUGUUUGGUGCGUCCCUUCAAGGCGACGGAUGUUUGCAUCAAGUACAUUGUGAGCAUCUGUGCGGAUCGGCAGUUCUAUCACCUGUUUGUGCGCCAAAUCGAUGGACGACAACGCUUCGCCAUUGGCCAGUCGAAGCCGCACGAGCGGCACUUCGCUUCGCCCUGCGAGAUCAUCGAAUUCUACGUGGAACACGCGCUCCUGUGCACCAACAAGCAGCGCAGCCAGAGCGUUCGACUGAGGCCCAUCAGCUGUGCCUAGGCAGGGAGUACAUAUGCAUGUAUAUAGACGUGAUUAGCGUUUAGGUUAUCGUUUAUUGGGUUUAUGAGUAAGAUAAAUUAUGUACAAAUUGCGUAAGUUAAUUAUAAAGUUAGUUAAUUAGAUAGCCGGGAUUAUUAGGUGGCCACAACGGCCUUGAAGGCGCACUGGUUGUUCUGCAUUAGGGCGGGCCAGAGGAAGGCUUUGAUUAGGUCCGAGCGGCGAUCCGACUGUGGAUGGCGCUCGUGUUUCUCGGGACGCAGAAAACCUAAGAAAAUAAAGAACCACCAUUAAUAAUUAGUUAAAUAUAGAAGUACUGGUAAUAAAAUAAAAUAAUAAAUUUUAAGUUAAACAUUUUUUACGUCCCAAAAUGUCUUAAAACUCUUACAAAUAUCCGAAAAAAUGUUUCUUAUAACUAAAA